AGGCGACGUGUGCGGAGCGGAGCCGGUGCGGGAUGGAGGGGCUGUACCAGCAAACCAACAAGCAGGUCCAUGAGGUCCAGUCUUACAUGGGACACCUGGAGACUUCAGACAAAGAGUCAGUGCACUUGGUAGAAAAUGAGAUUCAGGCAAGAAUAGACAACAUAUUCAGCAACUUGGAACGUCUGGAAAUCCUGUCCAGCAAAGAACCUCCCAACAAGAGGCAGAGUGCCAAACUGCGAGUGGACCAGCUGAAAUACGAUGUGCAGCACCUGCAGACAGCCCUGAGGAACUUCCAGCACCGGCGCUACCUGCGGGAGCAGCAGGAGCGGCAGCGCGAGGAGCUGCUGGCCCGCACCUUCACCACCAACGACUCUGACACCACCAUCCCGAUCGACGAAACCUUGCAGUUUAAUGAAUCCCUGCAGAGUGCCCACCGAGGCAUGGAUGAGCUUAUUGGCAGUGGCACCAGCAUCCUGGCGGGGCUGAGGGACCAGAGAGUCACAUUAAAGGGCACUCACAAGAAGAUCCUGGACGUUGCCAACAUGCUGGGCCUGUCCAACACGGUGAUGCGGCUGAUCGAGAAGCGCGCCUUCCAGGACAAGUUCCUCAUGCUGGGGGGGAUGGCCCUGACCUGCCUCAUCAUGUUCCUUGUCGUGCAGUACCUGACAUGAGCUGCUGGCCUGCAAGAGGACUGUCUCCAGGACUGACUGUCCUCUGGGUGCUGCUUUGGAUGAGCCCUUCCCGUGGACUUCAGAGUUUACAAAUCCCACUCGGCCAGUGUCACAUGGAAAGCACGUCGGGAAAUGGAUCUGUGUGGGGACACUUGUGCUUGAGAAUGGCCCUGUGAAAGUAACCCCUGGCCUUUACUGCUCUCCCCUCAAGCCUGCAGGUCUAAUGGUCUGGUUAAUAGGAAGCAGAAGUGAACAUUGUGCCCAGCUGUAGCAAGGCAGGCGUGUCCCUUUGGGCACACAGGGAUGGGAGGAUGCAAAGGCACCGCCCAGGAUGCAGCGAUCUUUGCUGUGCUGGCCAGCACCCACCUGAGCCCUGCAUUUUGCAGUGCAAGAAUGGCACAGAGAAUUUCACAGUGUUCAUUGGCCUGAACUCAGCCUGUGGGACUGAGUGUGCAAAAAGAGUUGGGAAGUGAAGGGCUCCCAUCUGUGGUUCCAUUUGCUUGGAGGAGGAGGAUUUGUGGGGGAAGAGUCUUAGAACACGGUUAUAACCUCAGUUAACUUCACACACAGUAUUACCCAGCACAGAUCUCCCUGGUUUAGGCUGAAAUGCUGCUCUGCUCAUCUGAGGAAUGUUCUGGUACCGCUCUCUGCCCUGCUGCUUCCCAGGGGAUGCUCAGUGCCACAUUCCUCCUGCUUCCACUGGGAUGCACAUCAGACCUGUGGCAUCUCCCUGGGCCUCCUGCCAAAUCCAGCCUCCAAGACUGACAUUUCUAAUGCUGGAGCACAGAGGUUUGGGGAACUGUGUUCAUUUCCUGAGCUGCUGGCUGGGUUUGGGGCUGUGGAGCUGGAACUUGUGAGUGGAUGGAGCAGGUGAGACCCCUGUGCUCCCUGGAGGUGUGGGAUUGUUCACAGAGCUGGAGCAGGUUCCUCACACAAGAGGAACAGUGGGAUCAGCACAAUAGGCCUGGCACUGAAAAUCAACUCAGGAGAGUUUCCUCAGGUCUGUGCCUUGGGCUGGUGAUGUCCCCAUCCUUGGGAAGGGCAUUUCCCGUGGUCCCCUGUGCACUGGGGAGUUACUGUGAAGGACACUCAGGUGUCACCUCCUGGGGGUGCUGCUGGCUCACACUCGUCCCCUUGGGGUCGUUCCCUGUCCCAGUGAAACACUGGAGCUGUGAGAUCCUAAUCUCAGUCCAGCUCUGCUUCCCCUGCAGCCUGGGGGUGUGAUAGAGGGGCCAUCCUGGGAUUUUGGGCAUCAUCCAUUUCAAUCACCCUGCAGAUCCAUUCCCAUCCCCAUGUGUGACAGUGACACAGAUGUGUCAUAUCCAGCUGAUGUAGCCUCAUGCUGGCAAUUCCUUCCCUGUUUCCUGUCUGGAGUGGUUGUGGGUCUCUGGGUUAGUAACUAAUCACAAGUUCUACAUUCUGUCCUCACUGCACUGAGCUUUGCUUUCAUUAUCUGGCCUGUUGCAAACUGGGAGAAAGGUUUUUAAUAACUGAAAAAGUUUUAGAAGGAAUUUGAGGGAAUAUGGGCCAUGAAACAGAGCCAUGCUGGUGACCAGAGCUGGGGUAGGGCCCAGCCAGACACCUGGAAUGAUCAUGGCCCCUGUUCAUGGGCUUCUCCAUGUGCUUGCUACUUCUGAAGUGUUUCCUGCUCUUGGAGUUCCCCAUUUGUCCAGGUUUUCCAAGGAAAUACUGUAGCACAGCAAACACGAAAACUGGUUUUCAUUUGAGCCCAAGGGAGUAAGGAAUUAAAAAGAAAAGAGGGAAUCUGCAGUGAUGGAGCAUCUGUCUUGCUGUGUAAUAGAAAUCAUAAAUCCAAAUUUGCCUGAAAUUUAGUUUGGAUAUGAAAUCUGAUGGAUUCAGCCCUAGAGAGGGCAGCCAAGCACUUGCAAGGGGUCCCUGGCAAAUCUCAGUUCUGAUGAACUGAUCCAAUUCCACUGGAUUUUACAGUGUUGGGGUUUAGGGUUUAAGGCUCUCAUUGUUUAAAGUUUCUGCAGUUGUGACCUGGUGUAGCAGGGCUUGUCUUACACCAAGGUGGGACUCUUUCCUUUUGGGCUGUGGUAGAGCCAUAAGAUACUUGGAACUGGAUUCUUUUUCUGUUUCUGAGCCUAGCUUGGCAUUUUAAUAGAUGCUUUCCUGUUGAUUUAUUUUGUCUUCUGGAGUCUCCUUGUCCCUGCACAGGCUGAUUUCCCCUUGGUGAGCUAAGUGUCCUUGCUACCCAUGGCAUCCAAAGGUGACACCUGGGGCUUGAAGGAACUGGAUUUGGGGACAUCAGACAUGUUUGUAGUGCCUGCAAAGUCCAGAGGAAUUUCCAAGGGCAUUUCAGGUGGUUUGUGUGAACCCAAAAUCCUCCAUUGCAGUGGGACAUGGCAGGGACACGGGUGGUUCCUUCAAGCCCCACAUCUCCCCUUGGGAUGCAGUGGGACAUGAGCUGGAGCCCUGGUGGGAUUGUGGGCCCUGCUGAAGGAAAUGAGCUGGAGCUGGAGCCCUGGAGGCUUUGCUGCUGUAGCUUGGUGGAGUUUCCUUCCUCACUGAACACCUCACUUCUGCUUCCAAACUGUGGCACGAGUUCCAGCUCUGGGCUGAGCUGCUCUCUCAGGAGGGGACUCUGGGAAUUCAGUUGCCUCUGGAAUAAACUUUUUACCAGUAUUUUAUACAUAAAGGAGCAAGGGUGGGACAUGAUUCAUGUGAUGUUCUGUGAAUAAAGAUUUUUUUCAACCAAAA